AUGAAGCUACUUCUUUGGGCCUGUGUCAUAUGUGUCGCUUUUGCAAGGAAGAGGCACUAUCCCUUCAUUUAUAAGAAAUCUUCCUCGUCCAGUGAAGAGGAUUACUAUGGCAACCGCUACCCAUUUAAUCCAUCUCUGAAUAUCCCUUUCGGCUUUUGGAAUGAAAAUUUGCCACCUUUUCCAUUGCCUACUUUUGAUGGUCACCAAGGGAAUGCCAUCACCAAAUUGUUUGGAAAUUCUGAGCCUGAAAGAGGGCUAUCUCCCUAUCCCUGGAUUAGUACCUCUUCUAAAGUUCACUACCCAUACCAAGGUGCUAAUUACCCCUCCGAUGCUUCAGCAAAUGCUCCUGCAGCUUCUCCUCCUCCUCCUCCUCCCCGGCCAUACCCCUUCAACAUCCCUGCAAAAAUUUAUUUUGCCCCACCUGUUGCAGUUGAGCCUCCUGGGGCCCCUGCACCCCCUAUUGCACCUGUUGUACCUGAGGCUGUUGUACCUGAGUUCUCUGUGGAUAAAUCUCCUUCAGGCCUGCCUGGUCCAGUCAGACUUGGGCCAGCCCAGCCUGCUGAACCCAAAUCUCCUGUACCUGAACCUUCUUCACCUCAGUUUGGGGUAGCUGAAUCUGUUCCAGCCCAGUUUGGUACAGCUGAACCUGGCCAAGCCCGCCCUGGACCCCCGGAACCUGCCCAAACCCGCCCUGGAUCACAGGAACCUGCUCAAGCCCGCCCUGGAACACCAGAACUUGCUCAAGCGCACCCUGGAACACCGGAACCUGCUCAGAACCAAACUGUGGCUGCACCUGAAUCUGCUGCAGGCCACUCUGCUGAAGCCAAACCUGCUUCAGCUGAGCCUGCUGCAGCCCAAUCUAUACCAGCUGAAUCUGCCACAGGCCAGUCUCUUGAAGCCAAACCUGCUCCAGCUGAACCUUUUGCGGUCAGGCCUAAUGCAGGUGAGGCUGCUUCAAGCCAAUCUGCAGUGGGAAAACUUAUUACAGCAGAGCCUACUGAAGUGAAAUCUGAGCCUGGAGGUGAGCCACCUGAGAUGUUGAAACCUAGUGGUCAAGAACCUCCUCUGCCUCUUCUUUUUGAUCAAGUAGGUGGCCUGCCUUACUACUGUAAGGCAUGGAAUCUGUAG